AUGGUCCCAGCCCGCGUCGGGGCGCCCCCCAAGGGCGGCGGGGCGGCCUGGCUGGAAGGGGGCCCCGCCAGCGCGUCUGGGGGGCUCCCGAACGCCUCGGCCUGGCAGCGGCCGAGCUUCCGCACCCUGGAGGAGGUGGCGGUGCCGGCCCGCGCCGCCCUGACGCUGCGGAUCCUGAUCGCCGCCGUCUACCUGGGCGUGUGCGCCCUGGGCGCGGCGGGCAACCUGCUGGUGCUGCUGCUGCUGCGCCGGCGGCCGCGGCGCCCCCGCUCCAGCCUCGACGCCUUCGUGCGCAACCUGGCGGCCACCGACCUGCAGUUCGCGCUGACCCUGCCCUUCUGGGCCGCCGAGGCGGCGCUGGACUUCAGCUGGCCCUUCGGGGGCCCGCUCUGCACCCUGGUGCUCUCCGCCACCGUGCUCAACAUGUACGCCAGCGCCUUCUUCCUCACCGCGCUCAGCGUGGCCCGCUACCGCGCCGUGGCCUCGGCCCUGCGGCGCCCCAGCGGCCGCCUGCGCCCCGGCUCCGUGCGCUGCCUCUGCGCGCUCCUCUGGGCCGCCGCCUGCCUGGCCAGCCUGCCCGCCGCCCUCUUCUCCGCCGUGCGCUGCGUGGCCGGCGAGCCGCUCUGCCUGCUGCGCUUCCCCGACGGCCGGGACUGGCUAGCCCUCUACCACCUGCAGAAGAUCCUGCUGGCCUUCGUGCUGCCGCUGGCCACCCUGGGUCUCUGCUACCUGCUGCUGCUGCGCCGGCUGGGCAGCACCCGGCCCCGGGGCUCCCGGGUCACCCGCGCUGUCACCAUCACUGUGCUGGCCUUCUUCCUCUGUUGGCUGCCCAACCAGGCGCUCACCCUCUGGGGUGUGCUGGUGAAGCUGGGCGCCCUGCCCUGGGACAGAGCCUACUACCUGGUGCACGCCUACCUCUUCCCCGUCACCGUGUGCCUGGCACAUGCCAACAGUGGCCUCAACCCCCUGCUGUACUGCCUGCUGCGCCCCGAGUUCCGCCAGCGGCUCCAGGAGCUGUGCCGAGGCCACGGGAGGAUGGGAGCCAGGGCGCGGAGCCUUGGCACUGGGUGACCCUCCCCUUCAUCCCCCAGCACCCCCAGGGGAGUGGCUGUGCAGCCCCCGGGAAGGCACAUUGGACCCACCUUGGAAGCCAGGCUUCCGAGGCAGCUCCAGGAGAAGCCGUGCUGACCUAACAAUUCUUGGCAUGGCCCCAGCCCCACGGCGCAGCCCCUCUGGGCUCCCAGGCCUGAGCCCUUUGGCUGAAGGCCGCAGGAGAGCUAAAAGUUCCUGAAAACUCUGCCAGCUUGGUGCAUUUCCCACAGGCACCGGCGCGGAGUAAAGAAAGGAAGGCGGCUGAAAAGCACCAGGUCCUAGGGAUGUGGUUCGUUCACUGAGGGCAGAGGGGGACUCACUGUUAUUGCUUGCAGGGGCCUCGGGCAGGCACCGGCCAUGGCACUAUCUCAGGCAAGUAGCAUGUGAGUGCUUUCGGUUAGCAAUAGGAUUGGUGGUGCAUUUCCAGGCAACUGCAGUUUGCUUCUGGGAGCGCCAGCCACUCAGGGUGACUACAAAGGCUCAGGAAGGACAAAGAUCCCCUAGAAAUGAACUCCUCGAGGAGCAUUUGGACACACCAUUUCUAGUGGAGAAUGUGGAAAAGGUGCGCGUGAACUGGGCUUUGAUAACAUGGGGUGACACAAUCAUCAACCACCUAUAAAAUUGUAUUUGUCUCCUCAGCUGCAAAGCCAGGCUGACCAGAGUUCCUUGGAGGUGUGAGCAGGGUGAGAUCACGCCUCCUUGGCAAAGAGAGAUGCCAAUAGGGGAUCUCCCCCUUAAUCUGGAUGGAUGGCUGGAUUUGCUUCAGUGCAGCAUGGCACCUUUUCUCUGCUAUGGGCACAAUGCAGCACAGUGGGUACAAAGGCUCCAUUGGCAACCCAAAUACAAAAUGAGUUGUCUUAAAUGUGAGUCUUCACAUGAAUCCUUAUAAAGUGCAUAUUUCUUUGUAUGUGUUAUUUUGCUCUCUGUGGCAAGCUGAAGUCAGCAACAUGACAGCUCAACAUCAGAGUGAGCCAUCUACACUGGAUUAUUCGUAUGAUUUGUUUGUAUUUUACUGGCAUUACUGCAACGGUUAGGAGCCCUAGCCAUGGAACAGGCACUGUAUUAACACAGAACAAGGACAGUUCCUGCCCCCAAGAGCUUCCCGGCUUGGUAAACUGCCACCAGCUCCACCGGAAUCCUUAACUGUUAGAAGACUUUUACUUUAAAAGAUGAUUUAUAAACUGGCCUAAGAAAAUGGAGAUAAUUUUAUCACAGAAGGGCAGCAAAGUAUGAACUAUGUUAAAGUGAUUCUUUAUGCUUGAUUUGUACAAAUACAUGAAUGACCUGUAAAUA